AUGAAGAAAGUAGGUCUUCUAUGUCUAGAGCAUUAAGUAUAUCCAAAAUUAAUAUGUUUUGAUCAAUCUUGUAAAGCAAGUAGAUUCUAAUGCAUGUAAUGUAUUAAAUAAGGAGCUCAUGUUUCUCAUCCUUAAAACUAAGAAGACCCAUAAUAAAUAUAUUAACAUAUUUUAAAAAUUGAAACAGAAAGUGAAGCUUUAAUAAAAUACUUAUAACUAUCUAUUAAUGAUGUAAAUAAGCAUCUUCAAUUUUUGAUUAAUGGAAUUAGAAGAAAAUAUCAGAAAAAAUCAAAUGAGAUCUAAAAGAUGGAGUAUAAGUAAGUUCAUUUUUUCUUUUCACAAACCAUCAAAUUCAAAUCAUUUGAAGAAACUCUAAAAAUACAAUACUAAAAAUCCUUUUAGGAUUUCAUAGACUCACUAGAAAACUUAUACCUGGAUUUAAAAUUACCCUAAUUAGAUUAUAUUACAUUUUAUAGUUAAGAUAUGGUAAGAAAACCUUUAACAUUAGCCUAUGAACUAUAUCAGGAUUAUGAUGACUAUUAAGAGGCGAUUUAAUUAUUUGAUAAAUCAUUACAGUAUAUAACGGCAUUCGAAACUUCCAAGAUAUGGGGCAAAGGUAAGAUUAUGUGUUAAAGUUUAGCGGAUAGUUUAAGGAUUCUUAAUAAACCUGAUGAAGCCAUCAUUUGGGCAGAUAAAGCCUUGCAAAUAGAUUAAAACCAUUGCUAAUCGUUAUGGUCCAAAGCUGAAAGUUUAAGAAUUCUUUGUAAAUAUGAUGAAUCAAUCAUUUGGGCAGAUAAAUGUUUAUUAAUUAAUCCAAAAGACAAUUUAUCAUUAUUUUGCAAAGUGUUAGCCCAAUGUUUAUAAAUGCUUGGUAAAUAUAACGAAACAAUCAUUUUGGUAGAUAAAGUGUUGUAGUCCAUUCCAAAACAUUUGGAUGCAUAUUGUACUAAAAGUGACUCAUUACGAUAAUUGCAAAUGUUUCGGGAAGCAAUGGAUGCUAUCGAGCUUUCAUUAUCAAUUGAUCCAAAUCACAUUGAAUCAUUAAUGGUUAAAGGCUAAUGUUUACAAGAUCAGAAAUAAUAUUAAGAAGCUCUAAACGUUUAUGAAAAUGCUUUAGAAAUAAAUCCAAAUCAUUAAUAGAGUAAAGAAAAAAAAGCUGAAUGUUUAGAAGCUUUAAAUCAAAUAUGA